AUGGUUCAGUCGGAUUGGGCAUCAAAAAAACUUGUUUGGGUUCCGCACGAAACGUAUGGCUUUGCGGCGGCAGCGGUUUUGAAGGAAGAAGGAGACGAUUGCGUUGUCCAGCUUCAAGAGUCUGGCAAACAAAUGACCGUUCCGAAGGAUGCUAUUCAAAAAAUGAAUCCACCAAAGUUUGACAAAGUUGAAGAUAUGGCUAAUUUGACGUAUCUCAAUGAAGCUUCCGUUCUACACAAUUUGAAGUCGCGUUACUACUCCGGACUUAUAUAUACAUAUUCGGGCUUGUUUUGCGUUGUAGUGAAUCCAUACAAACGCAUCCCUAUCUACCGUGAAGAAAUUGUUGAGUGGUAUAAAGGCAGGAAGCGGCAUGAGCGACCUCCACACAUUUUCGCAAUUGCUGAUACAGCUUACAGAAACAUGUUACAAGACCGUGAGGAUCAGUCCAUAUUGUGCACUGGAGAAUCGGGCGCCGGUAAAACUGAGAAUACAAAGAAGGUUAUUCAAUACCUUGCUUCUGUUGCAACAUCUGCCAAGAAUCAAAAAACUACCGCUAGCAAUGUUCUUUCAAAAAUGCACUCAAAGGAUGUCAAUAUCGGCGAACUGGAAGCUCAACUUCUGAAGGCCAAUCCUAUCUUGGAGGCUUUUGGCAACGCUAAGACAAUAAAGAAUGAUAACUCAUCACGAUUUGUGAGUUGGUUUUUCGCCUCCAGGAUUUCGGGCAAGUUUAUUCGGAUCAACUUUGAUACCUCCGGAUUCAUCGCUGGUGCUAACAUCGAAACAUAUCUACUGGAAAAGGCUCGUGUCAUUCGACAGGCUCCAGACGAACGAACUUUCCACAUUUUUUAUCAGUUGCUCUGCGCCGCCACUCCAGAACUUAAACAAAAACUGUUAGUUACCGAACCGAUCAAAUUCGCCUAUCUCUCCAAUGGAAUCCUUGAGGUCCCCUCGUUGGAUGAGAAGCAGGCUUUUGCGGAAACAACUGAAGCUAUGGCAAUCAUGGGCAUUACUGACGAUGAACAGCAAGCCAUCUUCCGAGUCCUUUCUGCUGUGCUGCAUUUUGGAAAUUUGGAAUUCAAACAAGAGCGCAACUCUGAUCAGGCUACCCUUCCAAACCAAACAGUUGCGGAGAAAGUUGCUCAUCUACUGGGGGUGCCGCUUUCGGAGUUGAUUAAGGCCUUCCUGAAGCCCCGUUUGAAGAUUGGACGUGAAACCGUCUCUAAAGCCCAGACAAAAGAGCAGGCAGAAUUUGCUGUUGAGGCCAUCUCAAAGGCCAUCUACGAGCGACUGUUUCGUUGGCUGGUAACUCGCAUCAACAAGUCUCUCGAUAGAGCCAAGCGACAGGGAGCGUCCUUUGUGGGCAUUCUUGACAUUGCUGGUUUCGAAAUCUUCCAGGUAAACUCCUUUGAGCAGCUCUGCAUUAAUUACACGAACGAGAAACUCCAACAGCUCUUCAAUCACACCAUGUUCGUCUUGGAGCAGGACGAGUACAGCCGCGAAGGCAUCCCCUGGGAUUUCAUUGAUUUUGGUCUGGAUCUUCAGCCCACAAUCGAUUUAAUCGAAAAGGUACGUUGCCGUUUUGCUCAGUCCACUUUGCUACUAUUGUUUUUUUCACCUGCGCCAAGUUAUACGGUCUCACAUGUGUUCCCUUCCUGA